CAAAAAUUCUCUUUGGCAAUAGAAGAAAUUGUUUAAAAUCGAAUACGUUCAAAGGGUUUUGACUUUGCUACUUGCUUUGAACUCAGAUUGAUUUUUGAAGAUGGCAGUCAAGGAUCCUAAUACUUUUGAUCCAGAUUCCGAACCAUUUGUGGAGGUUGAUCCAACGGGACGUUUUGGCAGGUAUGAUGUUCUCCUUGGUCAGGGUGCUGUCAAGAAGGUCUAUAGGGCAUUUGAUCAGCAGCAAGGUAACGAGGUGGCAUGGAAUAAGGUGCGGUUGAAGAACUUUACCGACGAUCCAAUGCUGUUGAAUCACCUUUACGCGGAGGUUAAGCUAUUGAGAGAGUUGGAGAACAAGUAUAUUAUCGAGUGUUACAGUGUGUGGAAGGAUGUUGAGCGGAAUGCUUUGAAUUUUGUGACGGAGGUGUGCAAUUCUGGGAACCUGAGGGAUUAUAGGAAGAAGCAUCGCCGUGUGAAUAUCAAGGCUUUGAAGAAGUGGUCAAAGCAGGUGCUUGAGGGAUUGCAGUACCUCCAUACACAUGAGCCAUGCAUCAUUCAUAGAGAUCUCAAUUGCAGCAACAUCUUUGUCAAUGGGAAUAAUGGCCAGGUGAAGAUCGGUGAUCUGGGAUUUGCAGCAAUACUGGGGAGGAGCCACAAAGCACAUACUGUUCUAGGAACUCCUGAGUUUAUGGCACCUGAGCUCUACGAGGAGGAUUACAAUGAGAUGGUGGACAUAUACUCGUUUGGGAUGUGCUUGCUGGAGAUGGUAACGAGGGAGAUACCAUACAGUGAAUGUGACACUGUUGUCAAGAUAUACAGGAAGGUCACAGCUGGUAUAAGGCCUGAAUCCCUGUCCAAGGUGACUGAUCCAGAGGUGAAGGCAUUUAUUGAGAAAUCCAUAGGCCAGCCGAGGGCAAGACCUUCAGCCUCUGACCUACUCAGAGACCCCUUCUUUUCUGACGUCAUUGCUGAAGAGCCUGAUCCAAGCUAUUGAUGGCUUUUUGAAACUACUGGUGUUUUGAGACGAAACAUGCUUGGCUGUGGGGCUUAGCUCUCAUUUCUGAACCAGCAGAUGAGGUUUCUUUAUUCGAGUAUAUGCCUCUCUAUCUCCUUAAGUUGAGGUAAAUGAUGGUAGUAUUGCGAGGUCCCAUUAGUGAUUAUUAACCCGUGCAAUCGGAUUACCAUAAAAUUGAAUUCUGGUACAGUUAAUUAUUUGUAUAGAGGUUUAUUUCACAAAUUAUUUAUGAAAGUGGAAGCCAAAAGUACUUUAGUGUUUUAGCAAAAUUAGUGACUCCCACGUUACUUCCCACAUGUAAUUAUCAUAUCACAUUAAUGCUUUCUGGUUCAGAAUAAAGCAGCAAU